UUUUGAAGCGCCACUCGAAGCAAAAGUACAUAAAAGUUUGUGGACGUUUUGCUAUACAUUACAUACUGUGCUUCAGAAAUAGCAUCAGGAUUAAUUAAUUCAUUCAUUGCUGUAACAAUGGUUCUCGAGUUUUACUACGACUUAUUGUCACAGCCAUGCAGGGCUGUAUACUUCUUACUCAAAUGUUCAGGGGUUCAGUUCAAUGGACAGAAAGUGGAUCUUCUAAAAGGUGAACAUCUUACUCCGGAGUUUUUGAAGAAAAAUCCUUUCCAUAAGGUUCCUGUCAUUUUCGAUGAUGGUUUUGGUCUAUCCGAAAGCAUAGCUAUCAUGAGAUACAUAGCUAUAAAGUACAAAUUGGCUGACCAUUGGUUCCCAAGAGCGGACUUAAGGACACAGGCACGUGUGGAAGAGUUCCUGAAUUGGCAAGGAUCAGCCGUCCGAGCACAUUGUAUCACUGUAUUCCUUGGAAUGUUCAAAGAUAAAGUAGGUUUUGGUGGUACUAAGCAACCAAUGGACGAAGCCAAAGUUAAAGCUGCGAAAGAAGAAAUAUCUAGAGCUGUUACUCAUAUUGCAGAUUACUUCCUUCAAGAUAAACAGUUUGUAGGAGGGGAUAAAGUAUCUGCGGCUGAUAUUCUUGUAGUGUGUGAGUUGUACCAACUGCACCCUGUUGAUCAGCUUGAUAAUCUGGUUAAAUGUAACCCUAAAGUGAAGGCAUGGAUGGAACGGGUAGAAAAAGCAUUAGGGCCGGAGUGGAAGACCGUAAAUGCUGCAAUUGAUUCUUUCAGAGAAAAGUAUAUGAGCGCGAAAUAAAUGACAGUACAAAAUGCCGGCUGGGAUUAAGAGUUUAGAGAAGAUACACAUACCUACUGCCAAUUUAAUAUCACGAAAUCAAAAUUUUGAAAUAACAGAACAUCGGUUAUCAAAUAUAAAAUGAGCCGCGCCAUGAGAAAACCAACAUAGUGGGUUUGCGACCAGCAUGAAUCCAGACCAGCCUGCGCAUCCGCGCAGUCUGGUCAGGAUCCAUGCUGUUCGCUAACAGUUUCUCCAAUUCCAAUAGGCUUUAAAAGCGAACAGCAUGGAUCCUGGCCAGACUGUGCGGAUGCGCAGGCUGGUCUGGAUCCAUGCUGGUCGCAAACCCACUAUGUUGGUUUUCUAAUGGCACGGCUCAAAUAAUUUCUUAUGAUCUGGUUGAUAUUCUAUCAGUAUCAUAAACACACACACACUUAGAAUUCUUAUUAUAUUUUGCAGUACAAUUUUACCGCAUGGCUAACAAAAUGGAGAGCAUUUCUACAUAUCAUGUAGACUACAGGAGUGUUUUUGUUUGUUGCAAUUGUUUUGAAACAUAUGUAUUUUUACAUUUUAUUUAUAAUUGCAAGUAUGGACAAUUUAAAGACAUACUUACUUUGGAAAUAACUGAUAUAAAUCUUGAAGAGUAUUCCUUUAAUAAACCCACUCGCUGAGCUCAGUAGGGAAAGCGCCGAUCUACGGAUCGCGGGGUCGUGAGUUCGAUCUUUAGGCGGUCCGUAUGUUCUCCGUGGCGAUUUGAUAAAAUAAAAGACAUUGUGUCUGAAAUCAUUUGUCGUCCACCUCUGACUCACGUGGGGAAGUUGGCAGUUACUUGCGGAGAACAGGUUUGUACUGGUACAGAAUCCAGGAACACUAAUUAGGUUAACUGCCCGUCGUGACAUAACUGAUAAUACUGUUGAAAGCGGAGUUAAAUCCAAAACAACAAAAAUACUUUUAUAACGGGAUAAUUAGAUAUGAUGUUACUACUGUUUUUCUUACGUAAUUGUUUAUUUAAUCUAUUUGUAUAUAUUUUAAAGAUCCUCUUAUAAUAUCUUUAGCUUGUUACAUAAAAAAUAUACUUUUCAUUAUUUGUAGAUGAAUAUAGGCCUACAUUUAUACCGACGUUUGCCAUCUACCCACAUGAAGUAAUAAAAACAUGUUAAAUA